UGUGCCUCCCCACGGGCAGAGAAUGACCCAGGAGAGCAGCAGCACAGUGCUCUGGGAACGUGUGAGCCCAUCAGUCCUUGAGUCUUGGCCCACAAAUGUCCUAUGGAAAGUUGAAACCCAUCUUCUCUUGCUUUCUGUGCAGAUCCUUCCAGAGAAAGAGCAGGAGCAGAUUGAGUUAUCAGAGAUGCCAUGCCAGACUCAGGGAGAGCUGAGAGCCCGAGAGCAGGAAGAGCAGCUCAGGCAGCAGGUGGAAGAGCCACAGGAGAAUGGCCAGAAUAUCAAGGCAGAGCCACAAGCAGAGCUGCCCGAAGCUCAGAGUGCCAUCACAGAAGUGAAGAAGAGGAACCAGGAAGAGACAAGAAGAAUUCAAAAGGAGAUGAAUCUCCAUCAGCAGAGGGGUGAUCAACAAAACCAGGUGACUGAAAGAGUGGCAGUCACUCCACUUGUGAAAGAUCCUCUCUCUCGUAUUUUAGAGAACUUGAAGGAACAGCUGGACACAGACUUUCAGAAAGCUCACGCUAAGAUCAUGGCAAGGGAGAAGAGGCAGGAGGAAGAAAUGAAAAUCAUCAGAGAAAAACUUAAUCCCCUCCCUCAGGCUCUACAAAAGCAAGUGAGUGAAAGAGGGAUAGCCACUGCAGUCACCAAACUGGUGGUUUCUGCCCUUCUGGCCUUCCCAGUGCAGAGCAGCAGGGAGCGGGGUGAUGCCUCUGAGUGCCAUCCUGCUCUAGUGUGUAUCACAGUCACUCGGAAGGACAUUUCCUGGUGUGCUGAAUCUCAGCUGCUGCCCUGGACAGUGGGACUUGUCCUUUGGCCUUUUGGCCAGCAGUCAUCCAAAUUGAUUCCUGCUGGCCUGUUCCUGCUCUCCUUGUUUCUUGAGGUGUUUUUACAGGGGAAUAUGGUGACCCAGAUGGAGGAUUGAAACAAGCUGUCUGUAUCCCUUGUAAAUCUGUUCUUUCCUCACAGUCAGUGACUCUUGACUGACAGGGACAAGCUGUAGUCUCUGACUGCUUUGUUCUGUUUGACUCGAGGUGCAAGU